AUGGCCACCUCCCAAACCUCACCACCCCGCCCGUCCCCGCCAUCCUUCACCCUCACCUACCCCCCCUCCCUCGAGUCCUACAACACCCCAGCCUCAACCUGGCUCGCAACGCACAACAAGACUUGGGACGGCCUCGCGACCGCCGCCCUCGUCUUCUCCCCGUACAACCGCAUCCUGCUCCUGCAGCGCGCCGCGCACGACAGCAUGCCGAACCUGUGGGAGACGCCCGGCGGCGCUGCGGACCCGGAGGACGCCUCGCUCUUCGCGGCCUGCGCGCGCGAGCUGUGGGAGGAGGCCGGGCUGACGGCGACGCGCAUCGUUCGCGUCGUCACCGAGGGCGCGGACCGCGAGCCGGGGAGCGUGUUCACGAACCGCACGGGCAAGAUCUUCUUCUGCCGGUUCGCGUUUGAGGUCGAGGUAGAGGGCGCGGUGAGGAUUGACCCCGAGGAGCACCAGGACUUUGUGUGGGCUACGGAGGAGGAGGUGCGGGCGGGUAGGGUUGGGGAUAAGGAGAUUCCGGUGACGAAUGGGCAGAUGAUGAGGAUUAUCUUGGAUGGGUUCCGGAGGCGGAGGGAGCAGGUGGUGGAGGCCGUCGAGGGGAGGUGA